UGGUUUAACAGGCUUGUAGGAAUCAAGACAGACGGGUGCUUUAAAAACUGAAUCCUUCCUAGUGACCUAUUUGGUUUUACAAGCAGCUGCUGGGCCAGGCGUUCGUUUCAUUUGCCGAUUCCGGGAUUAAGCACCGCUUGGGAGAAUGGCCGUGGCUUGUUUCGCUUGAGAGCACACUUCUCUUGGCAACCACUACAAAGUCGCUGCCCGGAGCCUUUUCCAGCUCUCUGGUUGGUUUGUUAUUCCCACAGGAAGAUGGGAGGGGAGACGCGGAGGCACCGAUGACAGGCUCAGGAUCCAGCUGCCUAUCAAAAGUAGCAGCCUGGAGCGGACCAAAUCGGCUUUCAUCAAGGGAAGCUGUGUGCGUUGCGUAGGUCGUUUUCUUCUGAAAGGGAAAAGAGAUACGGAAGAGGGGAAAUAACGGAACGUCAGGGAGCAGGGGGCAAGGAGAGAGAAAGCAAGUAAUAUUUUGGGACAGCAACUGAUAAGAGCGAGGAAGAGGAAAGAGAGAAAAUAACUUAUUUGCGCUGUUCUUUCGGCUCUUCGUCAGAAAUAAAGAAAGGUGAGGGCAAUGCGCUAGAAAGAGCGGGGAUCUAAAGCAGAGGAGACGACAACAUUAAACACCCGGGGAAGCAACUUCUCCCCAGCCGCUCUGUGUGUUAGCCGGGGUGAAGGCAGCCAGCAGUGGGCCAGAGUGAGGCUUCUGCUCCGUCGGGUCGUGCCAGGGAGGAGGCCAUGCUGGGGGGGAAGCGGGCGGCGUCCUCCGACUCUCAGCGCGAGAGGGGGGGGCUGGCGAGCCCGCUGUUCUGUCACGUGACGCCCAGGGAGCCCCUGAGGAAAAUCGCCUCUCAAAAUGGCGGCGGGUUUGUAUGCCGCACCUCGACUCCCGCCUACCAGGUCGGAGGCCGCCGCGGGGGGCGGCGAGAAGUGAGGUUUUCCGAGGAAGUGCUCGAACACUCGGCCGAAGGGAGCCCGCCGCGGCUGCACACGGUUGGGACGCCGGUCAGGAGGCAGAAGAGCAUGAGGGCAGCGGAGGAGGAGGAGGAGGAGUUGACGUUGACGAAGGAAGUGGAACUGAACGAGGAAGCGCCUCGGGCGGCGCCGUACAGCCUGCGGUCUGCCCAGUGGGACCCCCCAACGCCGUUCAGGAUGCCGAAGAGGGCAGAGGAUCCGCGGCCCCCACGAGACGACUCGGCUGGCUCCUCGGAAGAUGAACCUUCUCCAAUCAAAACUAGAAGCAAAACAACCAAUAAAAAAUCAAAUGGCCAAACACAAUUGCAGACAGGGAAUAAAAACAUCUUUGGAAUUGCAGAUGACUCUGAACUUGUUCGACCGUCUAUUAGAAGAAGUCCAAGGACAGGAUUUUCUUAUGACCAAGCCAGAGACUCUACAAUGAAUAAAUCAGAAUGUGAAGCAAGUGAAGAGGAAAGUGAGAGAAAAACUGGGAAUAGGCACGAUAAUUUUCAGACAACAAGCAAAUUCCAGCUAAUGGAAGAUUCGCAGUGUUUUGUUCAAAAACCACAAGGAUUUGAUCAGAAGACAGCUUUAAGGGCCAGAAUACGAACUCAUAUGCCAAAGAACCAUCCACAGGCUGCUCCCAAAAGUUUUACACAGUCUAAUUUGGGACACUCAUUUACAAGGAUUCUGCUUGUAGCAGUCUGUCUUGCUGCUGGUGGAUGGUAUGUGUUUCAGUAUGCUUCAUACCGUACUCUAGAAUAUGAGCAAGCCCUGCAAACUAUUGCCCUGCAAGCAUUUCAGAACCACAUGAAAGAGCUAAUGAGCAACUACCCAAGUCAAGACAAAAGGUUGUGGAAGAGAAUCCAAGCGCUCUUUGAGAAACGCCUCAACUCUUCUCAACCACAUAUGGAGCCAGCUAUUUUAUUGCUUACUGCUGCAAAAGAAGCUGAAGAUGCCCUCAAAUGUUUAAGCAACCAGCUUGCUGAUGCCUUCUCAUCCUCUCAGAGUGCUGCUACAAUAAAAAUUGAUGGGGCUAGCAAAGCCACUCUGGACAGUGAUGUUGUCAAACUCACUGUUGAUGAAGAGUUGAGCUCUGGGUUCGAGGGAGGCAGGAAGGUAGCAGUAGUGCAUCAGUUUGAGUCGCUGCCUGCAGGUUCCACCCUGAUAUUUUACAAGUACUGUGACCAUGAGAAUGCAGCAUUUAAGGAUGUUGCUCUAGUCUUAACUGUUCUCCUGGAUGAGGAGACUCUAGGAAAGGACCUCAGCCUAUUGGAAGUUGAGGAGAAAGUGAGGGAUUUCCUCUGGAAUAAGUUUACCAACUCAAACAUGCCACGUUCCUAUAACCACAUGGACACAGACAAGCUGAGUGGGCUGUGGAGCCGCAUAUCUCACUUGGUUUUGCCUGUGUGGCCUGAAAGUGUCCUCCCACAGGAAAACUGUUUACAGGUGAAAUAAUUUUUGAAAAAAGAGAAUGAAAACACGACACAGCAUGUACAUCUACUAAUAGCUGGCUAGGGCGGGUUCUUCCAGUUUGGUAGUCAGAACUGCCUCUUAAAUGUGUGCUUCAGGAGUCAAAAUAGGAUUUGCUCCUUUGCAAAGAAGCUGGAAAUUCACAAGUUAACAACUUGUAGAGCAUAACAUAGCUCUGGUUAGUUGUCAGUCCUGUAAUUCUUACAGUUCAGGAUCUAGUAUGUGAGGAAAAACAAUGUUGCUAAGACCAUCUAGCUGCGUUUGAAGGUAGCUUAUGUGGCUGCAGAGUCUUUUCAGAAAAUACCACGAAUGGGAACAACAAGGCAAUGAAUAGAAAAAUCACAUGGUUUGCCUUUUUUGUUCUUGAAGCUAAUUAGAAUAAAAUGAAAAGUCAAAGCUGUGAGUAAGACUUCAUAUAUCAAAAAAACAACUGUCUUCCAUUCAUCAAGAUCUGUGACUAAGUCUCCUAUAAUUGCAGACUCCUGGGAGUUUCCGUGUAGCCAUGACCUAGGUCAGAUGUGAGGAACUUUUGGCCAUCCAGAUGUUGUCGAACGACAACUCCCAUCCAUCCUAACCAUUGACCAUGGUUGCUGGGAGUUGUAGUUCAGCAACAUCUGGAGGCCAAACUAGUGUCUGGUUUGACUGAAGUAAUGAUUCAGUUCAAAAUCUGUAGGCAGGAGUGGCAGACCUUGUCACCUCACACCGCACUCCUGUCCAGAUUCUAACUUUGGGAUUGGCUGCACAAUGCUAGUGCUUUUAAUCCAAAACUACAAGUCUCUUCAGUCUGUUGAUCCACUGCCAAAAUGGCCUGCCUUUUGUGUGCCCCAGGAGGAUGAGAUCCAGCCUUCCUAAGGACACAUAUUUGUACUUGUCCAACAAGAUGAAGGAACCACUGAUUUAGAUUAACCCCUGGUUCCAGUAAGCUUUAAGACUUUGAUUUGAAAAAGUGUUGGAUUGGUCUGCUUUAAAGUAAGUUCAUGGGUCCUUUCUUGAAAUAAUUACUCCUCUGAAAUUUAAGAAGAUUAAAUUUGAAAUAUUUUUAGAUAAGCACAGGUUUUAAUAGUAUUUCACAUAGGGCAGAGUGGAUUUAUUGCAGAAAUGCGAGACUGAAGGCUGCACUCCUUGUAUGGAUUUUUUCAUGAAGGUGGAGCUUUUCAUGUAAAAUCUUAACCUGACUAUGUGUACAGUGUGUGACCUACAUAUUUUGAAUGCCCCAUUCCAAACAGUCCUACAGUCCAGGGCGGGCCAAACAUCUUAAUCAUAUGUGAAUGUAUGUACUUGAAUGUGAAUUAUAAUACGCAAACCUCAGGACUUUGAUACUGGUUAUUAUAUCAUUGAGCCGCUUGGAUUUUACUGUGUUUGAGAAGCUUGUAAAACCUGCAUUUUGGAGAUAUGUUCUCAGAAAAUUACCUAUCUUGCUUUUUUAAGACUUCCCAAUGUGCUAUCCUUUGUCCUCAAGUGUAUCUGCAAUAAGUGUAUAAAAAAUGGAAACUACUGCUAUCUUUGGAAGCGCUAUGAAAGCUCCUUGCCAUGUUCAUAGAACUCCUUCUUUUUUAGUUUUUGCACACUGCCCAGCUACACAUUCCUUACUCGUGGUCAAAAAUGCUUUACUGGAUUAUAUUAAAACUGGCCUUCACACUUUUAAGAGAAGAUUCCUGGGCCCUAACACUUAAGACACUGGAGUGUGGAAGCCAAAACACAUGAGAAAUGUUAGCUUAUAUAUAUGAAGAAGGUCUUAGGAAAGUAUGUACUUCAUUUUUUCCAUAGUCUUACAAGGCAAAUACUUUUAAUAAUUAUGGUGAGUUACUUAUAAGAAACACAGACUGUUUGGAAAUGUGAACCUAUUUUAACUAUUAUGUUUUAGUUGUAAUAUUUCAUAUUUGUAUUCUGCCUUCCUUUUGGAACUAAGCUUGAAGCAUGGAAACAUCUGCUGGUAUGUUCUACUGAUUGACAGAGCAGGGGGAAAUGGGGCAGGUGCAGAGACACCAUAUCCUAUGCCCCUUAAUUUCCCUGACACACCCCAGGAACUGGCAUAGUUUAUUCCCGUCCAUUGCAGUCAGUUGCUCUUCCAGCAGAACGUCCUACCCCCAGUGUAAGGUAGGAUUGCUCUGUAUGUUGUUUGAAGCUCAUUAAAAGGUUGGAGGUUCCAAACCCACUGGUUCUAUAAUUUAGGAGCAACCGUAGCCGAGGCCACCAACUUGCCAGAAGAUGGAAGUAUCAGAAGAUAAUAGCUGUGCUAGAUCUUAAAGAGCAGGAAGGUAUGAGUGUAUAAAAGUGCUCCCCCAUCUAUUGUAGGCCCAGACUGUAAAGGGCUUUUAAGUGUAGGUACUAGAAUUUUGAUUCCCCCCCCCCUAGAACAGGAGCUGGGAACCAUUAGAGUUCAUGUCAACAACACCUCCCAAAAUGCCAUUCUGUAUGGUAGGUGAGCCCUUCUAAGCAAUGAGGUGGGAAGUGGAAUUUGUUCAACAUUUUGUACAAGCUGACUCAAUUUUAGGCAGUAUUCUCACCCUGCCCAAUAGCACCCUGCACCACAUCCUGUACUGUUUGGGAGAGCUCACCAAUGCCCCAGAAAGGCUUUUUCAGGGAGGAGGAGGAGGAGGAGGAGGGGAUGGGGAAAUCUUCCUUUCAUGAACUUAGGAUCUGCACCUAUACGUUCCGUGGUCCUGUAUAUAGUUUUGCUUAAAUAAUUAAAAAAAAUAGAUUUGUGCUUUUGUGAGCUACUUGGCUAUUCCUUAGAGCUUCUAUAAUUAUAAAAUAUUUCUUAUGCUCUAUUGGGGCAGUUUACAUAUUUUCAGAUUAAUGAGCAGACAAAAUAAAGAGUGGCAAUAGUGGCUGCUUUGCUUAGUAAGCGUAUACUUUACCUUUUGUGUAGGACUUUUUUGGCAGUGGGUACAGGAGCUUCAAGGCUACUACAGGUUGCACUGUUCAUGAAUUGAGCUUCAUUAACAAUCAACAAAUUGGGAUGCAACAUCUGUUAAUUCCUGCAGAUCAACAGUACAGGUUUAGAUGAGAGUACUGCCAACUUCUUACCAUGUAUGCCAGGGUACUUUUCAGUACUACCUUCAAGGUUAUUUUCACAUCAAGAGGAGGAGCUUUGCAGUGAGUUGUCUUGGUAUAUGAGCAGUGUUCCUACAACAGUUAGGUGUUAGCUAGUUUGUGCUUACUGCAGAUAAUGUUUUACAUCUGCAUUACCUUCCAUGCAAAGUUUGUUUGUUAUUCAUAAGCAAUAUCAUGUGGACAAUCAAAUUCCAUUUAAUAGAAUAGCUAGUGUUAAAACACCUGUUGCUUGCUGGUUUUCAACUUACAAAAAGACAUAGUACUAUGGUACUUUGAAGAACAUUUUGCUGUUAUGUCUCUAAAUAUUAAUUUUAGAGAGAGAGGGAUAGAAACAUACAUUAAUUGGAAAGCUGUCUGUUGUACAGAAGGCCAGUAUCUUAAUUAAUAAAAGCAGCUAUUCCAAAUUGAGGACUGAGUAAUACUUUGCAUUAAGUUCCCAUUUAAAAUAUCACAGUUCAAAGAAUAGCAUUAAAACUAUAGAAUUGGUGGAGGCUAGUAGGAGUAGAAAUUUUACUUUUCUAAAGGAAGAAUGCGUGCACAUUAUGUUCCCAGUUCUCAUUUUGCAGCUUCCUUCAGUUCUAUCAAAUUUCAAAACUUGAUAGUAGAAGAUGGGUUUUUGUGUGUACAAUACUCUUUCUGGCCUUAACAGGUGGAAGGAGGGAGGCCUUCCCAAAAUACCAGCAGGCUUCCUUUAAUGCUGUUCAUGGAUCUUCUUUGGUUUCAGCUGUAACACCCAGCUGCCUCUCACUAUUUUUAGGAGUGUGCAAGAGUGUUAUGGAGUGGAAAACUUUCCAUUGCCCCUGUCUUGUAGUCACAAUAAGGCUUCUUUACUUAUAGUCUAUCUCUGCUUCACUGCCGGGACCUACUAGUGUUUAGGUUACCCAGCUAUGAUUUACUUGCUUUGUAAGAUUGGUAGAAGUUCAGUGAAACAGCUUUAAAUGCAAGGUCACUUGGUUCUUCCUUCACUUGCCAUCAGUGCUUAUUUCCAGCAGGUAAAAACUUUACUGUGUUUCUAAAAUCUUACUAACUAUUGAAAAAGGUCACCAAAAAAGGCAUUUGGCUUUUCUACAAAUGAGCAGGGUUGUUUUGUCUGCUGCAGGCCUGCAGUUUUAAGUGGGAAAACACUGAAUGAAACAAAACCUUUGAAGUGGGAGUAUCUUUCUCAUUUGGUUUUAGUGGAGUUCUUUAAAUACUAAUUAGAGGGGAGGGAGUGUAAAUUGCUGUGAGUAGGAAAUGAUGGUGAAUUUUAAAAGGUGCUAGUUGAGGUGCCAUACAACAGUAUUACUAAUAAAUUAAGCAAGCCAUGGAAUGUUCAAGAAUGUAAUGAUACUCUACUAAUCUGAUUUAAACUUGGAAGGAUUAAGUGGUCUAUGACUGGAUUAGAAUGGGAAUAAUCAGUAUUUGCCAGUGAUUUUGUAUUGGUGUAUAUGCUUACAAGCAACUUGAGCACACCAAUCGUGUUACCAUUUUUAAAAAAUCCAUUCUAAACUACUAAGAUCUAGACUGUAUGCUAUGUAGGGAAAACCUUGCGUACUAGAGGCUUUGGCCACAAUUCUGCACUUAGCUACUUCGGUUCUGUGGAAAUCAAUGGAAUGGAUUUAUGCUUGUGUAGAUCAAGCCAAGGUUGUAUUACUGCUAAACAGUAGCUUGAUUCACAUCUAAUGACCAAAGCAUGUUUUAAUUGUCAUGGCAGUGCCUCUGUCUCAUGCAGUCAGAUACCCUUCCUCAUUUCUUGGUUGGGGAAGCCAUACAGUUUAUGGUUACAUUUGGUUUAGGAAAAUAAUGGUUUGCUUCCAAUCCAGAACUUUUAAUUUGAAAUAGAUUUCCAAUUCUAGGUUGGAGGAGAAAUAUGGCUUAUGCAAACUGUAGUGUCUCUACUUUGGAGCAAAAUUUUCCUUAAACCAGAAAAUGAGGGAGGGAGAUGCAACAUCCAAGCUGAAGAGUUGCAGUUGUGAUAGCCAAAGUAUGGUCCACCUAAAGCAGGUGUAAGCUGGCCCUACCAUUAGGCAGAGAGAGGCAGCUGCUUCAGGUAUAUGAUACUGGGUUUCAUGAUAGUAGCAAAUUCUUCUACGUUUUAUAAAAUUGUUGCAUUUUUACUGCAAAGGAGGGGGGAAAGUGCCUGUUGCAUUUUCUGCCUUAGCUGCAAAAAUAACUUUCUAUAUCGCCUACCAUGAUUUGUAUGUGUGUGAAGGGAUGCCCGAUUUGCAAAUUUACUGCUUCUAAGAGACAGUUUACAUUUUAUUGCAACAACAUAAGAUGUACUUCCUUGUUUAGUUCUAUGCUGCACCACUGGAAAAGAUGCAUUUUUCCUAUCAAGGAGCCAUGUCAUUUUGCCCCCCUGUGAGAUUCUGAAGGUACUUUUUAUUGUCAUGGGGAAGUGGCUGUCAAUAUUGUGUACUAAUAUGUGAACUAGGCCUACAGUGAUGACUAUUCAGCUCUUUUUAAAAAGGGUUUUGAAAGCUUUAUUUAAGACUUUAGAGGUUUAUAGAAAAAGGAACUAAUGUACACCUGUCAGCCUUUUGCAGUACUUGGUACAGUUAUGCAAGAUUGAUCAAUGUCACUGGAUUAUCAAUAAAGGUGUUGCUUAGAAAUGCA